AUAGACCAGACUCGCUCUCCCUUAAUGCUCAUUCUUAGGAAGAGGCAAUUUUCUCAACUCCAGAAAGCAUUUAUUUGUCUCUCUCCAGGGCUAACACUUUCAGUAGUAGUAAAUUGGGUCUAGAGAGAGGCCCAUUCAUUCUUUGGUGCCACCGGUGUAUACCGCGGUAGAGGUAUUUAGGGAUCUGAAACCGCAAAUGGACAACCCGAGCGCCUAUUCUGCACGGCUUAGAGGGAAAACAGACGUCUGUCGACACAACCACCACCAAAGGAGUUUGCAUUUUUGUGUCUGGAGCUUUUUUUUAUGAUUAUCUUUUCGCCUUGGUGAAGAAAGUCAGUAGCUACUUACCCUAUUUAAAGAAAAACUGGGCAUAGGGGAGGGCGGUGACAGAGUCACCCAGGGUCUUGGGAAGCUAGGUGGCAGAGAGGAAGAAUUCCAGCAAUACUUUCCAGUGCUCACGGAGCCUUCAGAGUAGACAAGUCCUUGAAUACAGACCCUUUUUUGCAAGGCCUUCCGACACCGGUGCGCCCAGGUGAGGACCAACCACGCGGACGCCCGGCCAGGCUCGGGCGGGAGCGAGGUGCCUCAGCGGGGCGGAGCUACCCGGGCCAGACUUGGGGUGGGAUCUGGGGAAGCUAGGGGACCAGAGGGCGAACAAGGUAGAGGCGGGCUAAGUGGGAGCUCACCCCAACGCCCCCAUUCAGAACGACCGCGGAAAAACGAAAACGUCCCUCCGGACGCUCCCGGGUCCAGGCAUAAAGGGGGUAGAGGGUGGGCGGGGGCCCCUCCGGCCUCGUCCUCGCGCUCCGGGGGGCGCUCCUGCCGCCUCUCGCAGCCGCGCAGGGGCGGGCAGGGGCGGUGUGGGCAGGGGCGGCCCCGCUCCUCCUCCCCCCGCCGCGCGAGCCCAGCCUCGCAGAGCCGGCGCCGCCUCCGCGCUCCCCAGCACAGCGCCAGCAGCCCAGGCCCGGCCCGGCCUCGGGCCUCCCGCAGCGUUCCCGGGCGGGCUCGGGCGGCGAUGGCAGCGGCUGAGCUGGGCUGAGCCCGCCGCCUGCCCGCAGCCCCAGCCAUGGCGAAGCAGUACGAUGUGCUGUUCCGGCUGCUGCUGAUCGGGGACUCCGGGGUGGGCAAGACCUGCCUGCUGUGCCGCUUCACGGACAACGAGUUCCACUCCUCGCACAUCUCCACCAUCGGUGUUGACUUUAAGAUGAAGACCAUAGAGGUAGAUGGCAUCAAAGUACGGAUACAGAUUUGGGACACAGCGGGGCAGGAGCGCUAUCAGACCAUCACCAAGCAGUACUAUCGACGGGCCCAGGGAAUAUUUUUAGUCUACGAUAUUAGCAGCGAGCGUUCUUACCAGCACAUCAUGAAGUGGGUCAGUGAUGUAGAUGAGUAUGCACCAGAAGGCGUCCAGAAGAUUCUUAUAGGGAAUAAGGCCGAUGAGGAGCAGAAACGGCAGGUGGGGAGAGAGCAAGGGCAACAGCUGGCUAAGGAAUAUGGCAUGGAUUUUUAUGAAACAAGUGCCUGCACCAACCUCAACAUUAAAGAGUCGUUCACUCGGCUGACAGAGCUGGUGCUGCAGGCCCACAGGAAGGAGCUGGAAGGGCUCCAGACGCGUGCCAGCAACGAGCUGACAUUGGCAGAGCUGGAGGAGGAGGAGGGCAAACCCGAGGGUCCAGCGAACUCUUCAAAAACCUGCUGGUGCUGAGUCCUACGUGGGGCACCCCACACAGCACCCUCGUCCCUCAGGAGGCCUGUGGGCAGGCAGGGAGCCUGGCUCCGCCCUGCUGAGGCCCUCCCAUCUGAUGACCCUGUGGAAUGCCAGUAGCUGCCACUCCCCUGCCUGGCCCUGAGAGCAGCUCUGCUGUCAUCCCCGAGCAGCCUCUUCCCUCUGCCCUGGAGAGGUCUCCUUCAGCCUCUUGCCCAGCCACAGGCCUGCUCUGACCCCAAAACAUGCUGCGGGCACCAUCUGCAGUGGCCAGAGCUGGAGUCGAGGCCACUGUGAGGCUCCCCCAUUGUCUCCCUCUGCUUGUUCUCUCUUCUCUGGCCCCGUCCCCUCCAGUGUGUUUCGCAUCAAAGCCCUCACACCCUUGCCCUGUGUGUCCUGCUGUGCGCGUGGGCGCGGAGCUCGCUUUUCUCCCUCCCGACCCUGUCUAAGGGAAUGGACCCAGGCUCACGGGGACAUGCCGUCCACUGCUCCAGGGAGAGCCCCCGCCCUAUUCCAUGGGUGGCCCAAAGGCUACAGGGUGCUACUUCCUCCUUUUCUCCCCACUGUCCCUUGCGUGCCAUGAGCCAGCCUCCCUAGUGACCUGGAGAAGCAAAACAUGGAGGUAGGAGGGAGACACCAGCCUGGGGGUCUUCAGCCUGGGGCUAUCCUACCUCUCCUUGUCCCCCUGCCUGAGCUUCGGCCUUCUUGGCUUCCUGCCUGUCUCAGUGGGGAGCUGAGCUCAGAGUCAGGUGCUUUGGAGACAGAAAAUAAGUGAUGAGGGGGGUGGCAGGGAGAAAAAGUCACCUCCAUUCUCUACCUCCCAUGCUGCGUGUACACAGUUUCUCUCCAUCUGGGCUCCUGAAUUUAAAGACGUGAACCAAGGCCUGUGAACAGAGGCAGGGAGAGCCCUGGGGGCAGUGGCACUGUGAAGUCUACCCUGCACUCCAGGGAGGGAGCGUUUGGGAUGAAGGACUAGCUGGUAGUGUCAGGUUAAGAGCAAGGGAGGGAUGGCAUUUUGCACACCAGAUGGGAAAAUAGCUGCAGCAGGACUUCCUGGGCCCCACCCCCCAUUUCUUAGGUGAAAAGAGCAUUUCCCCAGAUGUCCUGGCAGAGGACUGAGCCUAGCCUCCAGCUCUCAAUGUUCUCCUGAGAUCCACAGUUUGUGGGAGAAAGUGUGUUCAUGGGAAGAAGUGCUAGGUGCUGUUCCCGUCAGCCUUCAAGACAAGUGACCUCCUGCCCUCCAGCCCUCCAGCUCCUAAUUUAGGCUUGAGGGGGUUUGCCAGAUGCACUGUGGCUGCAGGUGGAGGGAAGAGGACUCCCUCCUCCAGUUCUCUGUGUUCUGGACGUUUCUUUAACCCAUGUGGCCCAAGAGUAGCUUGAAGGAGUUUACCAGCCUAUGAGGGUUCUGUCUCCCCUUCCCAAAGUACCAAAGGUUGAGGUCAGAGUGUUGUUCUUCCUCCAUACAUUAGCCAUGUUAUGUGGCUGGGGCUAGAGCCAAAACAAAGAACUGGGCAUUGGGCAUUCACCCACUAAGGAUUCAAGUCUAGGGCACACAUGUGAAGGGUAAGAGCCCUACUUCCUUACUGCUUCAAAUAAGGGUUGAGAUAAAACCACCAAACCUUUCCCCCUGAUUCUUACCAAACCAGGACACAGCCAGCAGGAGAGGGUGGCUCAAGAUUUAAAAAUGGGCUAGGUUGACUGGAGGAAGGAAAAGAGCCGGAGUGGUUAUCAGUCAUUGCCCAUUGAGAAAGAGCUGGCUCUUUAGGGUGGAGCCAUGACUAUGGCUGGGCUGCUUCCUCGAGGACUGACCUCUUGGGUAUCAAGCCCUUGCAGCCUCACAUGGGGUGGGGAAUGCUAGCCCUCGGCCUGCCCUCAGUCAGGAAAGAAGUAGGAGGCGCUGGUUCCCAGACCAUCAGGUGGAUCAUCUUUCUCUCCUAUCUCCCUCAAGAAAGAGGGACUAUAUUUUUACUGUACCCUGAGAGUUCUGGAAGAGAAAACAAGGAAUCUGGAUCAGUGGGCUGCUUAGCCUAGUCGGCAGCUGGGGAAAGCAAUGGGAGCAGAAGGAGACUUGGGAUUGUAGGCUGCAGCCAUGCUCACUAGGUACCAGAGUCGGCUUGUUGCCCCUAAACUCCUGCAGUCCAGGGUGUGGUCUGGGCUGUGGCCUGAGGCCCAGGCCAUUGAGCAGGCUCUCCUAUCUGUUUACUCGACACCUGCUGCCUGGAGACUCAGCCCAGCCCCAGGCCUGCCACCUGCACCCCCUCCAUCUCCCUGUGACGGGUGACCUGUGUACUGUGUCUCGGGUCCAUUAUAUGAAUUGUGAGCAGGGUUCAUCUACUUUAAACAGAUGUUUACAAAAUAAAGACUAUUUCAAACCACAGGGGUGGCUGCCUGGAUAAGUGCCUGGAUGUGAUGUGGUGGGGAGGGACAGCGCUGGUAGAACUCUAAAGCAGCAGCUAGAAAAACAAUGGGAGCAGCAAACACUCUGCCUUUGGUACCUUCCUUUGUGCCACCUGUAGGGGAACCAAAAGCAAAGUCCUCAUUGCCCUGCAGUGGGCUUAUGCUGCAGAAAUUAAGCACAGUUACUGGGAAGGUGCUAAACAUCUGUGUGAGGGGGGUCUCUUCUUUUUUAAAGAGUCGCACUCUUUUGCCCAAGCUGGAGUGUAGUUGUGCAAUCUUAGCUCAGUACAGCUUUGAACUCUUGGGCUUAAGCAGUUUUCCCACCUCAGUCUUCCUAGCAGCUAGGGUGACAGGUGUGCAGCAGCACUCCUGGCUAAUUAUUAUUAUUAUUUUUAGAGAUGGGGAGGGUCUCACUAUGUUGACAGCCUGGUCUUGAACUCCUGGUCUCAAGUGAUCCUCCUGCCUCAGCCUCCCAAAGUGCUAGGAUUAGCUGCUUGAGCUAUUGCCUGCGGGAGUUUUUAAAGCCCAGAUGGUUUUCAUUUGUUUGGGAUGGAACAGGUCUUCCUGAAGGCAUGAAGAGCGAUUGAAUAAUCUUUCAGAUGCGUGGUUAAAUUUCUCAGGGGAGCAGAAACAGACUGGAAUCUCAGGGCUGUGAAGUUGAUGGAGGCAGCAGAGAAUGUUUUGGGGUAAGGAUGGAAUGAAGGAGUAGAGGCCGAGCAGUGUGCAGGCUUUCUGCCCACUGAGCUGGGACUUCGUACUUAACAAGCACUGUGAGAAUGAGUGAAUCACAUGCCUGUAAGUCCAUGCCUAAAGUCACAAGCUUCUGGAAGAAGGCAAGUUUGAGGUAAAUUGGAGACAGGUGUUUUAGGAGGGCCUCAACAGUUU